AUGUCUAAAAAACUACGUAUUGCAAUUAUUGGUGGUGGAAGUUCCGGCCUGACAGCUAUAAAGGAAUGUCUUGAUAAUGAUUUUGAACCUAUUUGUUUUGAAGAAUGUUCUGAUAUUGGUGGACUUUGGAGAUUUGUUGAUGUCGAUGAUGAUAAAAAUAAAGAUCCACACUCUUCAGUUUAUAAAAGUACCAUUAUUAAUACUUGUUCCGAGAAGAUGACCUUUUCGGAUUUCCCAAUUCCGCCAGAUUGGCCGGCUUAUAUGCAUAAUUCUUUAGUAUUAAAAUACUUUAAAAAGUACGCUGAACAUUUCAAUCUCCUGCCUCAUAUUAAAUUCAAUGCGUCAGUAUUAAAGGCUUCAAUACUUCCUGAUAAACGUUGGAAUUUGCAAUAUACCAUUCGAGGUGAAAAUUCCAAAGAAGAGAUUUUCGAUUAUGUAAUGGUAUGCACUGGUCAUCAUCGUUAUCAUAGAUGGCCAAAAUAUAAAGGAAUGGAUGUAUUUAAAGGCGAACAGAUACACUCUCAUUUUUAUCGAACUCCAAACGCUUUUCAAAAUAAACGCGUUAUAGUUGUUGGCAUUGGAAAUAGUGGAGUUGAUAUUUCAGUCGAAUUAUCUCACUUCGCAUCACAAGUUUAUUUAUGUGUUCGAAGAGGAUCACUUCCUUGGAUUUUUCCUCGUAUUGUAAAUGGAAAACCAAUUGAUCAUUUUUCACAAAGAUUUGAUAGAUUUAUUCCAGUUUCUUAUCGUAAUAGGAGGAUGCUGAAACGUAUUAAACAAAGUAUUGGAGAACAUCCACCUGGAUUAGAACCUAAAACACCCAUAUACUCUUCUCAUCCCACAAUUAAAUCUGAUUUUUUUGAACGCCUGGUUACGGGAACUAUUAUCGUUAAACCAAAUAUUAACGAAUUAAAAUCCGAGAAUAAACAAGUUGAAUUUGUGGAUGGAAGUAUUUUAGAAGACAUUGAUUAUAUUAUUUAUGCUACAGGAUAUAAUAUAAAUUUUCCAUUUUUGGAUAAAGAAAUUGUAUCAGGUGGAGAGGAAAUGGAAAAAGAAUUCGAUGUUGAAUAUAGAGAGAAUUUGGUUUGGUUGUAUAAAAUGAUUUUACCUCCAAAAUUUGAAAAUAUUGCUUUUAUCGGAUUAAUUCAAACCAUUGGGCCUAUAUUUCCUGCUGCUGAAAUGCAAUGCCGUUAUGUGACCAGCUUAAUUAAGGGUUUGAUUAAACCAUUACCAUCUCUAAGCGAAAUGAAUAAAUCAAUUCGGGAACGUCAUCAAAGAAUUCGAGGAAGUUUUUAUAGUUCUGCACGGCAUACGAUUCAAGCUUAUUUAAUAAAUUAUUUGGAUGAAUUAUCCAGAGAUAUUGGUUGUUAUCCAAGUUCUUUUAAAAUUAUAAGAAAAUAUGGAUUUAAAUUUUGGAUGAUUUUUUAUUUUGGAAAAGAAACUCCUAUAAUUUAUCGUUUAUUUGGAAGGAAUUCUUGGGAUGGUGCUCAUGAUGCUAUCCUUCUUUAUAACAAAAUUGAUCCAAAAACCGGAAAGUCUUUAUCAAAUAGAAAUAAAUCGAAUGAAAAGCGAAUCGCAAUUAUCGGUAUUUCGGGUCUUGCGUCAAUUAAAGAAUGUUUGGAUAAUAAUUUGAUUCCUGUUUGUUUUGAACAAAAUUCUUUUAUUGGUGGACAUUGGAAAAAUGGAGAAAAAAAUAAAAAUAAUAAAGAUUUUUAUUCCUCGAUUUAUAAAAAUCUCGUAACUAAUACUUCUAAGCAAAUGGCUCUUCUCUUGUUGAAAAAUAAAAAUAAUAAAAAUCUGAUUACUCCAAAUGAAGAAAAAGAAGAAAUAUUUGAUUAUGUAAUGGUUUGUAAUGGUCAUCAUCAUCAUCCUCAAUUACCAAAGCUUAAAGGAAUGGAUAAGUUUAAAGGUGAACAAAUUCAUUCCCGUUCUUAUAACGAAAAUAAACGUGUUUUAAUUGUUGAUAUUGCAGUACAGUUAUCUUCUGUCGCUUCACAGGUUUAUAUCAGUCUUCGAUCUGGAAAACCAUUAGAUCAUUAUUCACGAUUUAUAAUAUAUGCCAUUCCACCUAAAAUUCGGAGGAAACUAUUGGAAAAAACAAUUUUAAAUACCUAUGAUCCAUUACCUUCUUGUUUAGAAAAUUUAAAACCCGUUGAUCCUAUAUUUAGUACAACGGCAAUAUACGUAAACACUGGUAUCAUUGAAUGUAUAAAGAAUGGAAGUAUUAUUGUAAAACCGAAUGUUCUUGAAUUAAAAUCAAAAGAAGAAGGAAGUAAUCGAAAGAAUAAUCAAGUUGAAUUCAUUGAUGAAAGUAUAGAAAAUAUUGAUGUUAUCAUUUAUGCUACUGGAUAUAAAAUAGAUUUUCCAUUUUUAGAUAAAAGUAUUAUCACAGGAGGUGAUGAGAUUGAACAAGAAUAUGGAAAAAAAUAUGAAGAAAAUUUAGUUUGGUUAUAUAAAAGAAUGUUUCCUGUCAAAUAUCCAAAUAUUGCUUUAAUCGCUCGUUAUGUGGUAAAUCAAAUUAAAGGAUUAAUUAAUCCUCUCCCAUCCCCUCACGAAAUGGAUGAAUCUCUUCAUCAAUUUUAUAAAGAAAAUGAACAAAUUUAUUCUGAUCCUGAGCACCAUACCUUACACGCACCUACUUUAAUAUAUUUAGAUGGGUUAAGUAAAGAAAUUGGAUGUUAUCCUUAUUCCUGGGAGAUAAUUAAAAAAUUUGGAUUUGUAUUUUAUUGGAAAUACAUCAUUUUUGGUAUGGCUACUCCUCAUCAGGAAGAAAUUCUUGGAGUAGAGCAAAGGAAGCAGUUUUAA